AGUGCAGAGCUAUCACCCGGAAUCGAGCUAAAAACAAACAAUUAACUCACGUGUCUGGUAACUUUCUUAUGUACAAGCGAUUUUUGAUGUCAACAGCACAGAAAAUGAAGCCAAUUGUGAUUGUGACUGGAAACCUAAAUAAACUGAAGGAAUUUAAACAGAUCCUUGGACCCGACUUCCCUCAUGAGAUAACGAGCCAGGAUAUAGAUCUACCAGAGUAUCAAGGGGAACCAGACGAGGUGGCCACAGAGAAAAGUAAACUGGCAGUCCAGCAUAUAAAGGGGCCAUGUCUAGUUGAAGAUACCAGUCUUUGUUUCAAUGCACUAGGAGGUUUACCAGGACCAUACAUUAAAUGGUUCCUAUCCAAAAUUGGUCCUGAAGGAUUACACAAGAUGUUGGCAGGCUUUGAGGAUAAGUCAGCAGAGGCUGUUUGUGUAUUUGCAUAUUCCUCUGGGGUACCAGACAGUAAACCCGAGCUAUUUAUAGGCCGGACACCAGGCACCAUAGUUGAACCAAGAGGACCUAGAGACUUUGGCUGGGACCCAUGUUUUCAGCCAGAGGGAUAUACUCAGACCUAUGCAGAAAUGCCAAAGGAGGAGAAAAACAAAAUCUCUCACAGAGGUAGAGCAAUGGAACUGUUCAAGAAACAUUUUGCAGAGAAGAAGAAGUAGUGAUUGUUGUAAAACAGUUGUGAGAGCUGAGCAUAAUGUGAGAUUUUAAAUGACUUCUUCUAUUGGGAUUUUUCCUAAACUUGCACUACAAGAUCUCAGUAACAUUGCUCAGUCUAUUUCAGUUUUAUAUGAGGGUUUCAUGCUGCUAAUUUGGUACUAACAUAUACAAAAAAUGAAAAGCAGACAAGAUUGUCAUAAUGAAAAGGUUAAACAGAAAUGAAGUGUUAAUUUUGAAGGACUGUUUGUUCGGAGGAUUCUGACAUUAGCUGCUUUCUCUUUUUUAUAGGUAAUAAAUAUUUCAUAAUAUGUA